AUGAGUGGAAUACGAACUCAACCCCGAAAAGAUACCAAAAUGCGGAUCAGAGCAUUUCCAAUGACAAUGGAUGAGAAAUAUGUCAACAACAUAUGGGCUCUGUUAAAAAACGCCAUUCAAGAAAUUCAGAAGAAGAACAACAGCGGGCUAAGUUUUGAAGAACUUUACCGAAACGCCUAUACAAUGGUGUUGCACAAACAUGGUGAAAAACUGUAUACUGGAUUAAAGGAAGUUGUGCAUGAUCACCUUGUAACAAAGGUACGAGAAGAUGUACUGUCAGCUUUAAACAACAAUUUCCUCCAGAUCCUGAACAGUGCAUGGAAUGAUCACCAGACAUCGAUGGUGAUGAUCAGGGAUAUCCUAAUGUACAUGGACCGGGUCUAUGUCCAGCAGAACAACGUAGACAAUGUGUACAACCUAGGUCUGAUGAUCUACAGAGAUCACGUCGUACGACAUCCAACCAUCCGGGAUCAUUUAAAAAUGACUCUACUGGAAAUGGUGGCGAAGGAAAGACGAGGAGAAGUGGUCGACAGGGGUGCUGUGAAGAAUGCUUGUCAGAUGUUGAUGGUCCUUGGUAUCGACUCACGUACAGUCUACGAGGAAGAUUUCGAGCGACCUUUCCUGGAACAAUCUGCUGAAUUUUAUCGGUCUGAAAGUCAGAAGUUCCUUGCUGAAAACAGUGCCUCUGUGUACAUAAAGAAAGUAGAAGCACGAAUCAAUGAGGAGGCAGAAAGAGCAACACAUUACCUGGACAAAUCCACAGAGGAACCUAUCGUUAAGGUUUUAGAAGAAGAACUGAUCAGUAAACACAUGAAAACAAUAGUUGAGAUGGAGAAUUCCGGGGUCGUUAAUAUGUUAAAGAAUAACAAAACAGACGACUUGGCAUGUAUGUACAAACUAUUCAUCCGUGUGCCGGAGGGCCUCAAGACAAUGUGUGACUGUAUCAGUGUCUAUCUACGAGAGCAAGGCAAAGCCAUCGUCUCAGAGGAGGGUGAGGAUGGCAAGAAUGCCAUCACCUAUAUACAGAGCCUCCUUGACCUGAAGGACAGAUUUGAUCAUUUUCUACACGAGUCCUACAGUAGUGACAAACAGUUUAAACAAAUGAUCUCUAAGGAUUUUGAAUACUUUAUCAACAUCAACCACAAGUCCCCAGAAUAUCUGUCACUGUUUAUUGAUGACAAACUUAAAAAAGGAGUUAAAGGGAUGACAGAGCAGGAAAUAGAGAUGGUUUUAGACAAAAGCAUGGUUCUCUUCCGAUUCCUUCAAGAAAAAGAUGUAUUUGAGAGGUACUACAAGCAGCAUUUAGCCAGGAGAUUACUACUAAGUAAGAGUGGAUCAGACGAUUCAGAGAAAAACAUGAUUUCGAAGUUGAAGACGGAAUGUGGUUGUCAAUUCACGUCCAAGCUGGAAGGAAUGUUCAAGGACAUGACUGUAUCCAAUACUAUCAUGGAGGAAUUCAAGGGCUUCCUCACUCGUGGAGAGGUAAACCUGAACGGCGUCGAUCUAGUGGUGAAGGUACUAACGACAGGCUUCUGGCCUACACAGUCUGCCACUCGGUGCGUCAUCCCCAAGGCUCCCAGCAAGGCGUUUGAAGACUUCAGGAGAUUUUACCUUGCAAAACACAGUGGUCGGCAGCUGACUCUACAGCCUCAGUUAGGGUCUGCUGAUCUCAACGCCACGUUUUACGGCCCCAAGAAGGAUGAUGCCAGUCAGUCAUCAGGGGCUAGUUCUAACUCCAAAGGACCUCGCAAACACAUCAUACAGGUGUCCACCUACCAGAUGUGUGUACUUAUGCUCUUCAAUAACAGGGACAAGUGUACAUACGAGGAGGUGAAAAGUGAGACGGACAUCCCAGAAAGGGAUCUGAUGAGGGCUAUGCAGUCUCUUGCUGUUGGCAAGAUAGGCCAGAGGGUCCUACAGAAGGAACCAAAGACAAAGGAUAUAGAACCUGACCAUGUAUUCAUGGUGAACGACCACUUCACAUCCAAGCUGUGUAGGGUCAAGAUUCAGACAGUGACAGCCAGUAAGGGCGAGGCAGAACCAGAACGCAAAGAAACUCGGACGAAGGUCGACGAGGACAGGAAACAUGAGAUUGAGGCAGCCAUAGUGAGAAUUAUGAAAGCAAGGAAGAAACUACAGCACAACGUUUUAGUUGCAGAGGUUACUGAACAACUUAAGGUGCGGUUCCUGCCCAGUCCUGUCAUAAUCAAGAAGAGGAUAGAAGGCCUAAUAGAGCGAGAAUAUCUUGCUCGUACACCAGAUGACAGGAAAGUGUACACAUAUGUAGCAUAAGGAUUUAGGAAGAGGAUGAAUUUAUUGCCAAUUUUCUUCACUAGACUGGAGAGGAAGCUUCAGUGGGUGUGCCGCUGGGGAAAAUUUCCAGUUAGCUGUUUACGGUGAAUGUUCACCAAUGUGAAAGUCAAAACCGUGUCGCUUGCAAGACGUGUUUCGAUUUAUAAUUGAGGUUGUAUGUAAAGCAGCCUGGAUGUUAUAAAGCAUGGAAACUCGUCUCGUAGCAGUGAAACAGUGUCAUCAAUGUGAUAUUUCAACUUUAACUAAAAAUACUUGUAUAAGGAAGUUGAAUGGACACAAAAAAAAACCUUGUGAGUGAGUGGAUGGCUGAUAGAUCUUAUUGUCUUAAUUAUGCAUAUUUGCAAUAUUAAAUAUGUGGUGUUUGACAGUCGUAGACUGCAACUUCCAAAAGUAGUAAGUGGCGACAUUAAGCCGGUUUGUAAUCUGGCCGUAAAGAUGGCAACCAGCUGUACAGUGGUACACUGAUGAGGCACAAGGACACAACAAACUCAUUUGAUGAACUUCGUCAUAAAUGGUAUGUUUGCUGUAUGUGUAGAUGUGCAGAAGAAAUAUUUAUCAAGUUGAAAGGGUCCCAAAAUUUUAAACAAUGGAUUAUUUUCUCUCUCAAGAAAACUUGAAAAAAAGCCCAAAAACAAAAACACCCUGAAUGGCUGAAUGUAUAUAUAUUAUAAAAAUAUAUUGAUAUAAUGAUAUAUUACUUGUGAUUGAAGGACUAUUGAAUACAGAUUGUAUAUUACAUCACGAGCCAUUUGAGUCUAUUGUGUUAAUAUUUCCAUUGUUCUGGUAUGUAAUUCACAUUUGCAUAAAAAACAAUUUUCUAUGUAUCAGAAAAAUGUCCUGAAGUAAAAUGAUUAAUCUUGAAAGUGUUUUGAUAUUUGGAUGAUGCUGUUAAGAAUUAAUUAUGACAAUAGAUACUCUCAAUUUUACUAAAAUAUGGACACUUUGUCUUUAUGUUUCACAAGACAUGAAAUUUUGCAAUAUUUGCGCUGAAUGACAACUGCAAUUCCUCCCUGGAAAAUAAAAGCAAGGGAGAAGGAUUGUAGGUGUCCUGAGGGAUUAGAGGACUUUUGGAUAAACUUUCCUGAAGGUCGAGAGGACCUGAGGAUAGUCCUAAUGACCUUGAAUACUUCCCUGGGGGUGGGGGCUGGAGGAGGGUCCCAUAUCUCAUUGAUACCUUCUAGAGGUUGGAGGGAUGGUUGGAAGCCUCCUAGAACUUUGCUGCCGUGGAAUUGUAUGUAUAGAAGAUUCCAGAGUAAAGUAUGUAAUUAACAUGGAAUGUACUAGUACAGUUUACCUAGGAAACUACGAGAUUUUGGGGGUAAUAAAUGAUUUUUUUGGUGUUCACCUGAAAAUAUCAUUUUUACUAUUACAUAAUACAUUAGGAGUAUUUAUGUGCAUUGUAUUGAUAUAUGAUUAUUUCCGAGUGUAAAAUACAAUUCUGAAGGUUUGUUUUCACUCUGUUGAUAAACAAAUGCUGUGUGUACCAGAUACAUUCAUUUUCAUUAAGAUUUGAAAUAGUUUUCCCAGAUUUUUGAAUUUUCGUUGUUUAUACUUCAACAUAAGUAAAAGAAAUUCCUAGCAUAUGUUUUAUUUGUCGAUGUGAAAGUCGGAAGGGUAUACUCUGGUACCACAGAGAUUAUAUCGCAGCAGAAAUAUAUCUCAAGGUACCGCUAAAACCAUAUAUGUUAAGGCUAACAAGAUUAACAGGAUGAAACAUGAGCACAUCAGAUUAGUGAUGAUGUCAUACAGGCCUAGUCUUCAGACCCAUAACAAAGAUUGUCCUCAAUUCUAAAAUCUCUAAGGUUCUUUAACAUCAAACAUUUACUGAGGUAGAAAGCAGGAUUAUACAUAUAGAAAAUCAUCUCUUAAAACAUCAGAUAAAUUGUUAUACUUUAACUCAAGCAAUUUUAAGAGGAAAUGCAAGUAUUUUAGAAUAUUAUCUUAAAUACCUAUGUUAUAAGGUCUCUUGGUAAACUGGGCUAAAUAUAACUGCUUUUAGUUGGUACACAUUUUUAGGUUGGGUUGAUAGGUGAGGAUGGGUAGAUUCCUUGAUAUUUAUCCUCAAAUGGUGAUAAGAAAGGACACUUCUUCAAAAAUAAAUUGUUGACCAGAUAUUAACAUGGUGUUUACAAAUAAUAUUAAGCAAUGAAAUUUGCUUGCUGAAGUGUUAUUUUCUCUGAUUGUAUUUUUAAGUAACAACAGAACGUAUUUAUCCACUACCAAGAAGUAUUUCUCAAAAGGUCAAGACUUAGUUGAAUCUCAUUAAGUUGAUCCAGUGGUAGUAUAGGACAGACUAGGUACUGUAUAGGUUCAUAGUUUGAUGCACUUGCAGUAUAUAUAUAAUAUAUAUAUAAUUCAUGUAAUAUUGAGGAGUUCUUUCGGAUUAAAAUCAACUAUCAAUUAUAGUAUGAUGCUGUAUUCAACCCAACAAGCACACCCAUGGGAUGGGAAGAUGACAAUCGUCACAAAAGCUUAUAAUUACCAGUAGUUAAAUUCUGAAACUUCAAUACAGGAAAUAGUAGUGAAGGGAUCCCUGGAGGGGACAGGAAAUAGUAGUGAAGGGAUCCCUGGAGGGGACACGGGGGAAAUAGUAGUGAAGGGAUUCCUGUAGGGGACACCGGAAAUAGUAGUGAAGGGAUUCCUGGAGGGGACACCGGACAUCAUGAAGUAAGGAGAUCAAGUGUUGGUACACUAAUGUACCAACAGACUGGUAGUGGUCCUUAGUGGUUUACUGCCUACAUGUUCUAUUAGGAAAAGGAUGGAUCAAUUUCUAAGUAUACCUGUGAGCAGGAUACCCAGUUUAAUACACACUGACUAUCUGACGCAGUUGAACAAUUGAUAUUUUUUCACAGAAAACUUUCUUUUUUUUUCAUGUUUCCGAGUAAUGAGAACUGACCUUUGUUGUUCAGAGUGAAAUAUUUGAUCUGACCUUUGUUGUUCAGAGUGAAAUAUUUGAUUGGAAAGUGAUUGUAAAAUUUAUGUAAAACAUAACAGGAACAUUGCAAUAGCAGUACAGAUGAUCUAGAAAUGAAUUUGGUGAAUUUAAGUAAUUUUCCAAAAUGAAAAAAAAAUGAUGAGGAAAUUCCUUGUUAGGGAUUGGAUUACACAAACCCAGAAAUCACCUCUAGAUCUGCCACUGGCGACCAUAUGUUAGGGGCUCCGUGGCCUUUAGAUCUGCCACUAUAGGGACCUGAUUUAUUGUAUUACAUCCAGGUGGUCUUGUAUACCGACUGUAAGGCGGUCUACUAUGGUAGAUAAUGUUCUAAUGAAGUGUUGUGUAUUAUGUAUGCUGAUGGAUAUAUGCGAGUAUGAAUACAUGUGAUCUACAAACAGUGAA